CGAUGAGAGUGUGACGUCUGUUUGUCUGUGGUAUAAAAUUAACCCGAUUCGAGAUGCUGAACUCAACAUGCCUUUGGUCGCCCUAUCAAUCACCGUUCCGGAGAAAUUUUUAACACAAUUUGUAGUAAAAUGUUUUAUGUGUGUGAGAGAGAGGAGCACAAAGAGAGAAACGUCAUAUUUUGUUUAUGUUUACGUCUGCUCGAAGCCGGUAAUAUUUUUACGGUACGGUCUGCCGAAAUAUUGUAGUAAAAUUUGCUUUAAAGUGCAUAUUCUCUAAUUAACUGCAUGAUGAAACUCUACGCUUUGAGUGGCGAUCCGGCCAAGCCGUGUUACGUGUUGAGCAUUUCCGAUUUGUUGAUUAUGCUCGACUGUGGCCUAUCAGUGAGUUCCGUACUUAACUUCCUUCCGCUUCCCUUGGUGCAGAGUGCCAAGUUUCAGUCGUUGCUCAACUGGAACUGCCGGGAUCCCGAAAUUCAACUUGAGGACGGGGAAAUCAAGGAGUGUUGUGGAUGUUCUUUUGUGAACUCAGCACCGGAAUUCAUUCCACCCCUGGACAAGGUGAUAAACUUUUCCGAGAUCGAUGUUAUUCUGAUUUCGAACUACACCAACAUGAUGGCUUUGCCAUUCAUCACGGAAGGAACAGGAUUUACUGGAACAGUGUAUGCCACGGAACCAACACUUCAAAUAGGACGAUUCUUUUUGGAAGAGCUGGUUGAAUACAUCGAAGCAUCACCGAAGGAGAAUACCGCAAGGGUUUGGAAGGACAUUCAGCAUUUGCUUCCGCCGCCUCUGAACGAUGUGUUCAAACCGAAAAACUGGCGCCACUUGUUCAGCAUGGAUGCAGUGAACAAAAGCCUAGCUCGAGUGCAAAUGACUGGAUACGACCAAAAGUUGGACAUAUUUGGAGCACUUCAGGUUACGCCAGUUAGCUCUGGGUUCUGCCUUGGUUCGAGCAACUGGAUCAUCAAUUCCGGUCAGGAGAAAAUUUCCUACAUAAGUGGUUCGUCUACAUUGACGACACAUCCAAGACCGAUCAACCAAUCGGCGUUGAAAUACUCGGAUGUGGUGAUUAUGACUGGAUUGACUCAAGCCCCACAUGUUAACCCGGAUGGAAUGCUUGGUGAACUUUGCAUGAAUGUUGUCAUGACUUUGAGAAAUGGUGGAUCAGUUCUCAUUCCUUGCUAUCCUUCAGGAGUAGUUUAUGAUCUUUUCGAAUGUUUGUCAUCGAGUUUGGAUAACCAAGGUUUCGCUCAGAUACCGAUGUUCUUCAUCUCACCGGUGGCAGAUAGUUCAUUAGCCUAUUCAAAUAUUUUAGCGGAAUGGCUUUCAACAUCUAAGCAAAACAAGGUGUAUAUUCCUGACGAACCAUUUCCUCAUGGAAGUUUGGUUAAAAACGCCAAAUUAAAGCAUUUCAAACACAUCUAUUCUGAAGGAUUCAGCACUGAAUUCCGUCAACCUUGCGUCGUGUUUUGCGGUCAUCCUAGUCUUCGUUUUGGAGACGCAGUCCACUUUGUGGAACUGUGGGGGUCGAACCCACAGCACACAAUAAUCUUUACUGAACCAGAUUUCCCGUACCUUCAAGCCUUAGCUCCAUAUCAACCACUGGCUAUUAAAACCGUUUAUUGUCCAAUAGAAACAUCUCUAAACUUCCAGCAAGCCAACAAACUGAUAAAGGAACUAAAACCAGGCGUCCUAGUUAUCCCGGAAAAUUACACUCAACCACCGCCCAUCGCACCCCACAAAACGGAUCUUGUUAUCGAUCAAACACCAGAUAAAAUGAUCAUCAAGUUCAAGCGUGGAGAAGUAAUCAAACUUCCGCUCAAACGAAAACGUUCGCGCAUUUACUUGGACCCACAGAUCGCACGUUCGCUCGUUCCGCACGAAGUGCAACCCGGAGUCACAAUUUCCUCCGUGACCGGUGUACUUCACGUCAAGGACAACAUCCACGAUUUACAUCCUUUGGAACCCACCCCGGAAGAGCUAGAAGAGCAGAAAACAGCAAAAACAGCCAAACUACAGCCGCCUUCGCACAAUCGCUACAGAAACGUGAAAUACGAAUGGGGUUCACUAGAUGUGAAUCUGUUCUUGAAAAAGCUCGCUCAGGACGGCAUCACCGACAUCAAGGUGGAACAGGGCGGAGUGGAUGAGCUCACGUUACAUCUGGCCAGCGAGGAUACGAUGAUCAAGGUGAGCGAUAAAACCACCAGCAUCGUUUGCGGGGGGAAACAAAGCUUACGAUUGAAGCUGAGGGAUUUGCUGCUGCAAUGUGUGCAAAGUUUUUAGGUGUAAUUUUAUAGAAAUAAAUUGACAAUGGAACGGCGCA